CUGGAGCGGCCUUCGCGGCAGUCGCUCCACCUCCGCCGCGGGCGACGGCGGCGGCCGCGAGCCGCUUUCGCCCUCCCCGCAGCUAUGCCGGCACCCAGGCUGGCCGGCCUGGCCGCCGCUCCACCACUCCGACCGACCUGCUCCACCUCGCCAACCUGCUCCAGCUCCAGCGCUCCAGCUCCGCCUCCACCAACCUGAGGGCUCUCUCUGCUCCUUGCGGCUUUGCCCUCGCUACAGCCCCGUCCAGCGCGACUCGGCAUGCAGAAUCGCGCACGAGCGGCCGCUAACGAUCGCUACCCGUCGGGCCUGAUGCCGCCCGACGAGCUUGGGAAGAAGCGUGGAAGGUACGUUCUCGGUGAGGCAGGGAGCCCGCCGACGUCUCGCGCACUCUGCUUCGCGGCGGAGGUUGAGAGCCCGGCCUCGAAGAGGGCCCGAACGCGCUCCCCGCUGAGCGAUGACCCCCGUGUCGAACGCCACCGCUACCAAGAGAUGCCGGCGCCGCCCGUGCCGAACGGUUUUCUUGCGAACGUCGCCGUCGAGGCGCCAACGGGCCCGGCAGUCGACAACGCCGUCUUCAACCCCCACGGCGGUACCGCGAUGCUCUCGGUCGAGGUGUCCGUGAGCAACGGCGGGAGCGACGACGACGUGUCGUCGCUCGCGCUCGCCGCAAGUGCUCGCCGCGGAGAGAUCACCCUCCUCCGCGAGGCGGCUCCGCAAAUGCCGCCGCCAGCAGCCGCCGAGCCGUCCGUCGCCAACCUAGCCAAGCAGACCGGACCGGCCGAGCCAGAGGCUCUCGGAGAGAGCCGGUCCCCCCUGCGCACGCCCCCAUGCGUGCCGGUGCGGAUGGAGCCACGGGGCUCUGUGCUCAUCCACCGCGACGGCCUGCCCGGGGGUGUGAUGCGCGGCGGCUACGACCGCCCCCCGCGCCACGGCUUCAACGGACGCGACCGCUGGACCUUCGACCACCGCGAGGGCCAGCCCGGCCGCGGCUACGGAGGCGGCGAGGAGGACGUGGUCGACAUGGCGAAGCGCAAGGCGGAGGUUGAGGCCAAGAGCGUCGAGGCGGAGGCGGCGGAGGAGACGUUGAUGCCGAUAUGCGACACCGAGUUGAGCGAGACCGGCUCGGAGAUGAUGGGCGAGGCCGAGGACGAGGCGGAGAUGAGCGACUCGACUGUCCGCUACGACGACGAGGAGGCGGAGCCCGGUUUUGCGCAAAACGGCGUCGCGGCCUCGGCGGCGGCGGCUAUUGAGGACAGCCGGACGGUCGAGCCCUCGAUGGAGCCUGCACCGCCGGCGGCGGGUGCUACCGCCGAUGCCGUGGCGUUCGAGGCCAUCAAGACGCAGGAGCGCGAGGCUUGGCUGAACGCUGCCAAGCAGGAGGCGAUGGGCCAGGACGACCUCGAGGAGGGUUUGGCGGCGCUCGAGCAGGAGCACGCCCAGUCCGACCUCGAGGACGGCGCCGAGCGCGAGCCCGACGACUACGACUUCGGCGCACGCCCCAGCGCGCGCAAGUCGGGCGCGCGCAAAACCAAGCGCACCGACUAGAAGCCAGGCAGCCCCGCUCGAAGCCCUGGCGGCGCAGGCUGCCACCGCUGCCCGGGCGCCCCGAGCGGCGGCGGAGGGCCGCCCAGGCCACCACCAGUGCCCCUCCCACCGGCGGCGCGCGGCGGCCGGCGGCGACCAGAGGAGCGGUUGGGCGCGUGGCGCAUAUGUUACCUGCCAAGUGAGCAUUCAAGUGUGCUUCGAGAUGUAUUCGAGAUUUGAAACUUAGAUUUU